UAAAUAUUUCAAGUACCCGAUAACAACAAACAUAAAGACUAUAUAUUUAGGAAUGUGUGAUAAAAAUAAAAGUUAAGAAAACCUUAUUUUACGAAAAUUGCCGGAAUCUAUGUGCCAUUUCGUUGCUUGUAAAGUAUCUCGACCUGAUUGGCCGCCUAAAAAUCAAAAUAGCUAGCUUUUGAUGUUCCGCUUCUACAAGUUGUACUCGUUGUACAUGAACAACAUGGCCAGUGGACCUGCAGGGCAGCGGGAGUGGUGCCUGUGCGAGAAACUGCCGCGGGCGGUGCUCCACAUCCCGGUGAACCAUCGUCAGAUCUGCCAGGUGUGCGGAUUGGCCAGGCGCCCCCAGGCUGGACCCGAUUCCUCCAGCGACAAGGAUAUAGAUCAGGGCACCGAGGAGCAGAAGACGAUUAUCCCGGAGCAAAGCCAAGUGGAGGAGCCCAAAAAAAGCCUAAAGACUCGGGUAAAGGUAGCCAUUAGGGGCAAGAAGCCGAAAGCCAAGAAUUGUUGCCGGACGAACUGCCACAAGUGUGGUGGCUUGGCCAAAGCAGAAGUUGGCCAGGAAGGUACUGAAGCACCCAAAGAGAUGAAGUGCAAGCGGUACCCGGGGCGGCAUGGCUUGUACUCGAAACCGAAGGGGAUGAUGAGCCGUCGACAGGUGGCCAAAGCACCGCCACCUUCGACGCCGUCAUCAUCUCUUACGCUAUCGCCAUUGCCUUCAUCACCGCCAUCGCCCACAGCACCACCACCACCACCACUGCCUCAUCAAGAACCGGAAUCCGCACGGUCGGAGAUGCCAAGCCUGGUGGCCAUGGCCCAUACCGUUUCCAAUCCAAAAAACAACCUGCUACAGAACUACAACAAUCUAUUUGUCAGUAACUUUAUACCCUUACAGAGUCCCAUUACGGAUACCUUUGGAGGAGCUAUCUCCAAGAGGAGCAACAACAGCAUUCGCCCACGCAUCCACAGGAGUCGCCCAUUGCCACCACUUUCCAAAGUCUUAACCAAUAUCUUGAGCAGCCAAAACUCGAAGGAUGACAGAGAGAUGGGUGGUGGAUUGAGUAGCUGCAACUGUAAGGACUCGAAAUCGACCGAUUCCGAUCUGGCUAGCCAGUUCUGUCCAUUUGAUCAGUAUGAAGGUCCAUCCGAAGAUGCUCUUGUCGUGAAUAGCGCUCGAUAUAUGCUCCAUCGACCGAAGUCACUGCACAUCGAACCACGACAGGAUGUGCACAACAAUCGCAUUGAAUCUUUGAACUUUCAAUAUAGCUCUACCAAGAACACCCCGAGUCCAAACGCUGACAAUCUAUCGGGCAUCCUAUUCAUGACGCAUUCAGUUCGUAAAAACCUUAAGAAAACCAUUGAUAACAUUGGAAACGAAUGUCAUAUUUCAGGUAAAACCAGACCAACCAACAGCUCGGACCCCAAACCAGCAGUUACUCAGCAGAGCAAUCGGGAAAUUAAGGCGAAAGAGUCGGAAGACCUCGAGAGAUCUUCCAUUUUAACCUCAAUCAUGGACAAAGUAUUCAGCUCACAGGAAUCGAAAAGCUCAAAUGGAAACUGCGUGGAUGACAAGAUACCAGAAUUGGAGGAUAUUAAUAAGACGAUCAGCGACAUGUUUGUCCAGGACCCUGAAUGCGUUUCUUUGAAAAGUAAUGUAUCAAAUGAGCACAGUGUAUUUUCUUCAAAUAAAACAAGCCAUUGCGAAGAUUAUUCCCAGCCCGUUUCAAAAACACUAAGCAUAAGCAAUUCUACCUGGGAACGAAUUUGUGAUACCAAAUCCAAAUCGACAUUAUAUAAGUGUGCUCGCUGCGGACAGCAUAAGCACCGUGAAGAUAUAUUUGCUAAAAUUAAAAUAAAGGAUAGUAAAGUUCCAGGAAAAUCCGAUGCGAAUCAAAUCAGGCUGAAUAAAAAGAUAGGAUGCGCAAUAAAGCAAAGGCUAAAUAGCUUAAGAUCCUUUUCAGGAGCACAAGAAUGUAAAAAACUCGAACACGAAAGGAAGACAUCCCUAAAACCAGCAGAUCAAGAAGUAAUCCCAGAGAUUUUUAGAGAAAACCGAAGUAUGCAAAAGCGAAAAGCUACGGAUGACAUCUCAAAAGAGGAAAAUAUAAGACGGCAAUCCAUAAGUACAAGCAUUCAAAGGAAGGAGGAUUCUUUGGCAUCACAGACUCCUAUAAAAGAUAAUAGCACUUCAAAUUGUGUAAAUUUACAAGCAAAAAUAGAUAAAAUCCUACGGAGGGAUAACAAUCCAGCCAAAAUAAAUGAUCAACCAAAGAUCACUCUUUCCAAGAUACGCCACGAAUGUCUUCAAAAACGACCCAGAAUCGCACUUAAAGAUGUGAAUUUAAACCAAUCUCAAAUACCGGAUAAUAACUUUCAACUACGUAGACAUAAGGAGCCAUCGUUCAACUGGGGAGUGAUGCAAAUCUGCGAGACUGUAUCUCAUAGGAGUCUAGUAAUCCCCAAAAUACUGGUUCCCACUUAUGUUGGUGAGUCGGUGCAUAUCGGUCAAGCCACGAAAUGCUAUAUCAAGGAAAAUAUUCUUCCGGACUAUCCGUCUUCGUCCCUCUUUGAGUUUCGUAUCCCUGACAUAAGUCCCAACGAGCUGCUAUCCUAUCGAAGUUCGGAUGACAUUAGCGGAAGCUGUACUCCAAUACCACAUACAGCGAGUCCAAAGGAGCAACCUAUAAACCACAAAAACCCGUGUCUUCCGGUUGAUCCAACCCAGUCAGAAAAAUCGGAAAGUCGAAAGACUAUAUACGAAAAUCUUGAAUUGUCGUUCACCACACAAAAAGCAGAUAGUUUUAACCAUCCCAAUAACAAAUUAACUUAUUAUGAAAACCAAUUGACAAGUGACAACAAUAUGAGCCAAACCUCAAAUGCAGAUUUACAAAGUUUAAGAAAGGAAGAGAAUCCAUUAAAUGCAUCCAAUCCAAAGACUGACAUUACCGCAGUUGGUAAUACGUUUGCGAGAUCAAAAGAAAAUAAAGAAAAUUCGAAGGAUACAUUGUACCAGGAAAACCGCAUUACGUUACAAAAGUACAGUCACUCAAAAUUGAGCAAUGCGAUUAGAAAACAAAUUGACAAAUCCUUGCAACAGAAGAUCAAAAAAAUUAUGAGUAAACCGAUAAAGUUGUUAAAAUCGAAUGAUUCAGAUUCAGUUGACAAAUUUGUGGAGCCAUUUACAAACAAAUUAGGUGUUUUCGAAGAAUAUAAUGCAAACUUUGCACAAGAAAACUUGAAACUUGGACCAAAUGCCAUUUUGAAUAAAGAAACGGAUACAGCUUUUUCAAAUUCCUUCACGGAAUUAAGUUCAAGUCAAAAGCCACUACGUCUUAUAACCAACCGGUGCUCCUCAAGUGAACCAAAGUGUCUAACUAAAGAAUCUAAGGUGGAAACUGAUUCUGAUGGAGCAUCGGAACCGAUGAUGACCUGUAGAACCACCGAUUAUGAAGGAUUGCCUCCUCUGAACUGGCAAGUAAUCUCAAUGGGCUCAGCUCAUCCAAAUAAUAUUGUGCAGGAUGAUUCGGAAACAUCUCUGGGAGAAGAGUAUUACUGUCCCAUUCACAUGUGCGGAAGCCUUAUAAAGACGAAUACAUUUUCUUCCCAUAUCCUGCAAGAUCAUAGAGUUGGGAAAACCAAAGGUGCCUCACCACAGGAAGAUUACCAACAAGUAGUGGAAGGUUUACCAAAGCAGUUCUCCUUCGAUGGCGAUCUCCUCACCAAAGGAAACACUUUUGUGGCCCUUCUCUUUUACACCAGCUUAGCGAAAGAAAGCACCCUUAGAUUACAUCGGAUGCGGAAUCAUCCGCUGACCAUGCUAGCUGCUCCAAAAAUGGCAAAGGAUGAUACAUUAGCCGGCGUUUUCUUCUGGCUGGUCGGUUGUCCAUCGUGUGCCCAACUUCUUGCCAAGCUCACAGUCUACGAUCCAUUCGAUCAAAUUGGACGGAGUAUGAUCAUAAGACCACGUGAUUUAUCUCAGAACCAAGACCCUCGAGAAUUCGUCGCCAAUUCGAAAGAUCAUUUGCUUAUAAGCGUUCCACACAAGCAAAGGACUUUUCAAAUAACUGUGGUCAUAGAUGAACCGCAAACUUAGUUAUAAAGGAUAUCUAGUUACUUAAAACUAAAAUCUAUAGAUGUUGUUAAUUUUCGUUUUUAAUCCCUUUGAUGCCACGAGUUUAAUUUUAAAGACAAAUUGUAUGUUGUAUAUUUUUUAAUAAAACGUUCGAGCAAGAACUAAAAAACGCUCAAAUAUCUCUCACAUCAGAUCAGAAUUGCCUAGCUUUAUUUAUAUAAUAGUUAAUUGCGUGUUACACUACUAAUUUCAUUAAGUUGUUAGUUUUUCUUUAAUUACAUGUAGAGUAAAUAUUUUUGCACAUAGAAACGUAUGCGCUCACAUCUACGUACGUACUCGCUAUGAUUAUUAUCAAUUGCAAUCGUUUCUUGCACCUGCCUAGUGCGCUCUGCUGUAUACAUUUACAAACAUAGGAAUAGAAAUAAGUAAUAUAUAUGUAGUUUGUUUAACGGCUUGAGAACUUUUGCGGAAAAACGAGGUCCAACUGCAUGGUGGAAAACAAAAUGUCUUUGUCUCACAUAAUAUUCCGUUUAAAAA